AAUGGCUUCUCUGUCGACUGUCAAUUGGCUUGCCAAUGUAUCCUUUUCCUUGGAUUCCAUGGCAAGCGCCAGCGCAACAUGGAAAGUGUUUCGAUGAGUUUUACAUGAAAUUGCCUUUAGCCUGAUAUUUAGUAAGUGUCUUUCCUCUAAUUGUACAUAUAAAUAAGAGGCCCGGUUAAUUGCAUUAUGUAAUUUUUCUUCAAUUUUGGUCUUUUUACAAUAAACCAAUAGAUGUGAUACUCUCAAAGAGGACUAUAUAUGUUCGACGGAAAAAUCAACAGAAUAAAUUCAAAGAACACGUGUCAACAAAUUAUACGUCACUGUAUCCGAAUCCCAAGAAUGGUAUAUUGAAAUGACAAUUGUUAUUUGAUAAUUAACAAGGUCUGUGGCCGAUGGAUUCAUAAAUCGGGAAUUCUCUUGAAACUAGGGUUGGGGCCGUGUAUAUAUAUAUAUAUAUAGACCUUAAGCUCAAAGCUGAAACAGAAGGACAAGAGGCGACAAAAAGAAAUAGAAGAUGGAGCAAACUUUCAUCAUGAUCAAACCUGAUGGGGUCCAGAGAGGCCUGGUUGGUGAAAUCAUUAGCAGAUUUGAGAAGAAAGGCUUCCAUUUGAAAGGGCUGAAACUCAUCAAUGUGGAACGAUCUUUUGCUGAGAAGCACUACGCAGACCUGUCUGCAAAGCCUUUCUUUAAUGGACUUGUAGAGUACAUUAUCUCUGGUCCAGUUGUGGCUAUGAUUUGGGAGGGUAAGAAUGUUGUUACCACUGGUCGCAAGAUUAUUGGAGCCACAAACCCUGCUGACUCGGCCCCCGGAACAAUCCGAGGUGACUUUGCAAUUGACAUUGGCAGGAAUGUGAUUCAUGGAAGUGAUUCAGUUGAGAGUGCAAGGAAGGAAAUUGCCUUGUGGUUCCCUGAAUGCCCUGUUAACUGGCUGAGUAGCCUUCGGCCCUGGAUCUAUGAGUAGAUUUUUUGGUCUAAGCUAUUACCCAUCAUGGCAUCAUCCCAUUCCCAUUUCACCGUUUGCUUCUUGUUUGUGAACUUUUUAUCAAGUUUUAACUUAGUAGUUAUGGUCUGAUGAUCGCCUUCUUGCCUAUGGUACCGUUUAAGAUGUUUGUCUGUUGCCGGUAUUUUUAUUCACUUGUGGUAGUAUGUUAUUAUUGUGAGUAAAGGGCUGAAACUUUUGAGCAUCUGGGAAUCGGCUUGUAACGGUGGAAUUUCAAUUGGUGACGCUCUGAUGUCUGAAUAC